AUGACCUCCAUGAACUGGGCAAUAGGGGUGAUUUUCUUAUCACAGACUGUAUUUGGAGUUCUUGGAAAUUUAUCUUUUCUUUAUCAUUAUAUCAUCCUUCACUUCACUGGGUGCAGGUCAAGGUCCACGGAUUUGACUCUCAAGCACCUGAUUGUGGCCAACACCUUGGUCAUUCUCACCGUAGGAGUCCCCCGGGCCAUGGCAGCAUUUGGGUUGAAACAUUUCCUCAAUGACUUUGGAUGUAAACUUGUUUUCUACGUCUACAGAGUGGGCAGUGGUGUUACCAUUGGCAGCACCUGCCUUUUGAGUGUCUUCCAGGCCAUCAUCAUCAGCCCCAGGAAUUCCUGGUGGGCAAACCUUAAAGCAAAAGCUCCCAGGUACAUGGGAAUCACCACUAUCUUCUGCUGGAUCAUGCGCAUGCUGUUAAAUAUCAUUUUUCCUAUGUACAUAAUGGGAAAAUGGAGCAACACAAACAUCACAAUGAAAACGGACUUGGGAUACUGUUCUUUUGUCAGUAAUAGCAAAAUGACUAGAUCACCGUAUGCAGCAUUGAUAUCAUUGCCUGAUGUUCUUUGUUUGGGGCUCAUGAUCUGGGCCAGUGGCUCCACGGUUUUCAUCCUGCACAGGCACAAGCAGAGGCUCCAACACAUUCAUAGGACCAACGUGUCCUCCAGAUCCUCCCCUGAGUCCAGAGCUACUCAAAGCAUCCUUAUCCUGGUGAGUGCCUUUGUGUCCUGUUACUCCCUCUCCUGUAUCUGUGAAGUUUGUUUGACUCUUUUUAAAGAUCUUAGUCAGUUGAUGCUGACCACCUCUUCACUAAUCGUUAUGUGUUUUCCAACUCUCAGCCCGUUUCUUCUCAUGAGCCGAGACUCUAGUGUAUCCUGGCUUUGCUUUGCCUGGAUAAGCAAUACAAAAAUUUUCAGUCUGAUCAGAAAUGUAUAA